AUGGAAGCUGCUGCAUCCAGCUCGACAACCACUGAACGAUUACUUGAACCCGAGCAGAACAAAAGGAUAGCAUUGCCCAUACGUAUCGAACCCAAGGUCUUUUUCGCCAACGAACGCACGUUUUUAUCAUGGCUUAACUUUACGGUUGUCUUGGGUGGUCUCGCUAUUGGCUUGCUCAACUUUGGUGAUCGUGUCAGUCGUAUGGCAGCUGCUCUAUUUACAAUGGUCGCUAUGGGUGUCAUGCUUUAUUCCCUUUACACCUUUCUUUGGCGUGCCAACAAAAUCAGGAAACGCGAAGCAGCACCUUACGAUGAUCGAGUAGGGCCAACUGUUCUCUGUAUCGUGCUCAUCUUGGCUGUCUCAUUCAACUUUUAUUUACGGCUAGGGACUGAUGUAUAA